UACCCCCUUACUUUAAUGUAUUUUCGUUGAACAAAAAGCACAACAGGGGAAUACAUAUUUCUAAAUCUAAAAGAUUUAGAUUAUUAUCAUCAAGAUUGCCUGGCAAAACCAGUCUCACGAGAACGCAAUACACUCCCUAUGCGUUGACGUGCAUCUCUUCCUCAGAUGCAUUUCUUCAUCAUGUGUCGAAACCAGCGGAGUUUAUUCAGUGCAGUUCUCUUCGUGGCAUUCUUCCUGUUUGCCGUUUAUUACAUAAAAAACGAUUUCUGGAGUGAAACAUCUAGUCGGAUACUCGGCGUCUCCAAAGCCACAAGUUGCAAGAGUGAACAAGAGACCCAAAGUCACCCCAAACCAAAUAUAGGGCCGUUCCCUAAUGACAAUUCUAUGUCCUGUACCUGCCAAAACACUGAGCCAGCAAACCGUUAUGUGUCCCAGGAUGAACUAGAAGAUCUUCAAAAACAUCGAGCAGAAGAAUACAGACAACACCAGAUCAGGAUGGGUAAACAAAAUGAUGUUCUUGUUCUUGCCCCUGCCAAUACUCCGCUCCAGUAUCCCAUCAGAGGAUUCAGAGUCACUCCAUUAAAUAAAACGCUCAUUCCUGGUCUAGCUCUGCAAACACAAAACCGAACAAUUUACAAGGUGUCACUGAAGGUACAGAAAGGUCUGCUGUCUGUAACAAAUGUUAAGGAGGAUGAGAUUGUUUUUGGCCAGAAUGAGGGAUUUCUGAGAAUAACAUCCGACAGCCUUGAACAGAUCAAUGACCUGCUGAGCAGAAUGACCUACACCAGCACCAUCUACCACAUCAAGACUGAAGAUCUUGCUUACUUUUCUUAUGAGAACCAUGAGGUCAUAUUCCCCAUUGAGAUCAGUCGUCUAUCAGUUCCUAUUCUUUAUAACCCAGGGAAAGAUAUAAACUCUCAGGUGACUGUACUGGUUAAGGCAUUCUUGAGAUAUGAACAAUUAAAUGUUCUCAUCCAGAGUGUUCGUGUGAACUACCCAAACAUAAAGAUCAUUGUAGCAGAUGACAGUCUUAACCCAGAAAAGGUUGUUGGUGAUAACAUUGAGCAAUACAUUAUGCCUCCAGCACAGGGCUGGUUUGCUGGCAGAAAUCUGGCAGUGUCACAAGUCACAACCAAAUACUUCUUAUGGGUGGAUGAUGAUUUUCUGUUUCUGAAUGAGACGCGUAUAGAGAAAUUUUUGGAGAUUAUGGAAGCCGUUCCUGAAUUAGAUGUGGUCGGUGGUGAAGUUGAGGGAAAUAGUUUUUCCUUUAAAUUGCACUAUGAAGAAGGAAACAGCGAGGAAGGCGGCUGCAUCACGCGUAUCAGAGGUACUUACGCACCCCUGCCGGGAUUUAAUGGGUGCUCUUACGCCGACGGAGUUGUCAACUUCUUUUUGGCCCGUACGGAUGCCGUGCGAAAAGUCGGAUUUGACCCGUUUCUUAAACGGGUGGCUCACACUGAAUUCUUUGUUGAUGGACUGGGAGAAUUGUUAGUCGUCACCUGCAAAGGUCUUAAGAUCGGCCAUCAAAAAUUCAAGAACAAAGGUGAUUAUUACGGCUACAGACAUCCGGCAAAUAAUGAAGAAGAAAGAAAAAAAAGUCACCAUUUUUUCAAGAAUCAUCUAAAAUGCAUCAAGUAUUAAGAAGCAUCAAAGCACCCAUACCUCAGUUUUUAAAGCAACAUUAUUUGUAUAAUUUUUAACGUACACUGAAAAAAAUGUGAUCAGUAAGUCAUAUUAAUAUGUCUUACAAUACUUAUCAAAUUAAGUAGUUUUAACUUUUAAAACCUUUUUUGCUGUCUAAACUUAUCACUCUUUUAUUUUUUUGCAUUACCAUUCAAAAGUUACGGUCACUUACUGAUGAUUUAUAUUUUUUCCAAAUUUUAAAAUAAUAGCAAACCCAAAUAUAACAAUGGGAUUGUUGUAAAUAUUUUUUUGAUGAAUCAUAAUAUACUAGUCGACAUUUGAAGUGGAUCAAAAAGUUCAUCAAAGUUGUCCUAUAAGACAAAAACGGGUAUAAAGUAUUGGUUUUAAGACAACUUUUAUGAAAGGUUUUGAUCCACUUCAAAUGUUGACUAGUGUAUAAUAAAUCUUUGUAAAAAAGCUCAUAUUGGAGGACACACUGAAAAGAAUUGACAAACAUUUCAGUUACGUGAUCCUAAACUUUCUAACGGUGUAUAUAAAUAAGGUGUAAAGUAAAAUUGAUUGAAGGUAACUAUUUAUUGAAAUCACUUCUGUCUGUCAUUGAAUGUUUGGAUCGUGUUUACAAGAGAAUAUAUGCCAAAUAAAGGUGAAUCAGGAUGAGUAUUAUAAAUACUUUUGAUUUGUUGUACAUUAUUGUUUUGGGCAAGCUUUAAUAUCAAGUUUGUGGCCGAGCACUGUAGGUUUGAACCUCUAAGAGCACAUUUAACUGCAUGCUAAAGUGGUUUAAAUCU